GAGCUCAGUCAGUGGUGUGGGAGUGUGUCCCAACCCAGAUCAGAUCCACUCUGUCUGCCAGAUGCCGAGCUCCAGCGUGAACAGAGCGCAGGCAGUCCGCACGGGGGACAGCACUCCUCUGGCAAACGGGUGACGAGAUCACCCUACCUAUGAGCCCUUGCCGUCUUUCACUCCCCUGCCACUGCAACCAUGUGUGAUUUUACCUCUUUUUGAAGUUAUGGACUUGGACAACAAACUAGUGCUGGACGUCCACCAUGAGUCACACACUGACCGGGUGGGCCGUCGACGCAGCAUGCCUGGCGCUACAGUGGACAAAGCAGCGGUCGGCAUGGAUGCUGAUACAUCAACACCUUUUAAAGUCACGGGCUUCCUAAGCCGCAGAUUGAAGGGUUCCAUUAAACGCACCAAAAGCCAGCCGAAGCUCGACCGGCACAGCAGCUUCAGGAACAUCUUACCGGGCUUUAGGAGCACGGACAAUGACAGCAGAUCCCAUCUGAUGCCGAGGCUGAAGGAAUCACGGUCUCACGAGUCGUUGCUCAGUCCCAGCAGUGCGGUAGAAGCUCUAGAUCUCAGUAUGGAAGAGGAAGUUCUCAUCAAACCGGUGCACAGCAGCAUCCUGGGACAGGAUUUCUGCUUCGAGGUAACUACUUCAACAGGAAGCAAGUGCUUUUCCUGUCGGUCGGCUGCCGAACGAGACAAAUGGAUGGAGAAUUUGAGACGUGCUGUGCAUCCCAACAAGGAUAACACCCGACGGGUGGAAAACAUGCUGAAAUGUUGGAUUAUCGAGGCCAAGGACUUGCCAGCGAAGAAAAAAUAUUUCUGCGAACUCUGUCUGGAUGACACAUUAUACGCACGGACUACUUGCAAACUCAAAACGGACAAUGUUUUCUGGGGCGAACACUUUGAGUUUAACAACCUGCCCUCCGUCAAGAGCAUCACUGUGCACGUUUAUAAGGAAACGGACAAAAAGAAAAAGAAGGACAAAAAUAAUUACGUGGGCCUGGUCAAUAUACCCAUAGCGGCGGUCACAGGGCGACAGUUUGUGGAAAAAUGGUAUUCCGUGAGCAUGCCGAAUCCCAAUAAAGGAAAGGGACCGGGACCGAUGGUCCGAAUGAAGUCACGAUAUCAGAGCAUGAGCAUCCUCCCCAUGGAGCUGUACAAAGAGUUUGCAGAGUAUAUUACAAAUAAUUAUAUGUUAAUGUGCUCGUUGCUGGAGCCGGCUCUGAGUGUGAAGAACAAGGAAGAGAUGGCGUGUGCUCUUGUUCAUAUACUUCAAAGCACAGGCAAAGCCAAGGACUUUCUGACAGAUCUGAUGAUGUCUGAGGUGGAUAGAUGUGGAGACAAUGAGCAUCUCAUAUUUCGUGAAAACACAUUGGCUACUAAAGCUAUAGAGGAAUACCUGAAACUAGUCGGACAGAAAUACCUGCAGGAUGCUUUAGGUGAAUUUAUCAAAGCGUUGUACGAGUCAGACGAGAAUUGCGAGGUGGAUCCAUCGAAGUGUUCCUCCAGUGACCUGCACGAGCACCAGAGCAACUUGAAAAUGUGCUGUGAACUCGCUUUCUGCAAGAUCAUCAACUCUUACUGCGUGUUUCCGCGGGAGCUCAAAGAAGUGUUCGCAUCAUGGAGGCAGGAGUGCAGUAAUCGAGGUCGACCGGACAUCAGCGAGCGUCUGAUCAGCGCGUCUCUAUUUCUGCGCUUCCUGUGUCCAGCGAUUAUGUCGCCGUCUCUCUUCAGCCUCUUGCAGGAGUACCCCGACGAUCGCACGGCCCGCACGCUCACGCUCAUCGCCAAAGUCACGCAAAACCUCGCCAACUUCACCAAAUUUGGCAGUAAGGAGGAAUACAUGUCCUUCAUGAAUCAGUUCCUGGAACACGAGUGGACCAACAUGCAACGCUUCCUGCUGGAGAUCUCCAACCCAGAGACCAUCUCCAACACAGCAGGGUUUGAGGGUUAUGUCGACCUUGGCCGUGAACUCUCUACUCUUCAGUCUCUACUGUCAGAAGCUGUCUCACAACUCGAUCAGAGUACGGUCACUAAACUAGGUCCUUUAGCACGGAUCCUACGGGAUGUGAAUUCAGCCCUGACAAAUCCCACUGGAGUCCCUGUGGCGUCACCCACCGAGCGUGUGGGUUCCCCCAGUCUGCCCAGCAGCAGCCUGUCCACCGGUCUACAGAAGAUGGUCAUGGACAGCGAGAUUACAGGGUUGGUGGAUUUCACUCGCUUGCCCUCGCCGACCCCCGAAAACAAGGAUCUGUUUUUCGUAACGAGGAACUCUGUGAUUCAGCCGUCGCCUGCCCGUAGCUCCAGUUACUCCGAGGCCAAUGAACCGGAUGUUCAGAUCCCCAAUGGCAGCAAGAGCCUGUCGAUGGUGGACCUGCAAGACAGCCGUUCUCUGGAGAGCGCUCCUAAUACCUCCUUCAGUGAUCCCCUCAAUGAAAGCCAGACAUCUGUCGGAUUAGGAACAGGAGUGUGGACCACCCGUACAGUCAAAGGCAACACACCCAUCGGUCCGACCCUGAGAAGGCCACCUCAGACUCCCACGACACCGAAUGCUGAAAACGCCCCAGGGAGAUCUCAGCUGCUCGCCCCGUUGUCUUUCCAAAACCCGGUGUACCAGAUGGCUGCCGGAUUGGCCAUGUCACCCCGUGCCGAUUCAGGGUCCGAGUGCCAGAGUUCCAUCAGCUCUCAGGGUAACGCAGAGGAAGGGACAACUGCCGGGUCCAAACAUGCGUUUGUGAGCCAGUCCAGUGGGGGCGCCAGCGGUGGAGGAGGAAGCAGCGGGGACGAGUUUGCACGCCGUUCCGGUGAAUUCACCCGAAGACAGCUGUCUCUCACGGAGAACCAACACCAAACCAACGUGCCACGGCAGAACAGCGCGGGGCCGCAGCGCCGGAUAGACCAGCCACCUCCGGUCACGAGGGGCCGAACUCCACCCAGCAUGCUCAACACCGCCCCCUAUCCCCGCCCUUCCAGUGGUAGUAUGAUGUCAUCGUCCCCUGAUUGGCCAAGCAGUGGCACCAGACUAAGGCAGCAGUCGUCAUCUUCAAAAGGGGAUAGUCCUGAAUCAAAGCAGCGUACUUUGCACAAACAGGCCCCAUCGCCUGUAAAUCCAAAUGCUUUGGACCGCACUGCUGCGUGGCUACUGAAUAUGAAUGUGCAAUAUUUGGAUCAGGAGGGCCUGGACCCAGAUUCAAAACAAAGGGAGGACUUUCCAAACAAAGAUGAUCUUACACAAACUGAAAAGUAUCAGCAGGAGAUCGCAGUCCUGCAGGAAAAGCUGCGCUUUUCCGCUAAGAAGCUGGAGGAGUACGAGUGUCGUAUCAAGAGCCAGGACGACCAGACGCAGAAGAUGCUCCUGGAGUACCAGGCUCGGUUGGAGGACACAGAGGAACGGUUACGCAAACAGCAAGACGACAAGGAGCUUCAGAUGAAGAGCAUCAUCACCAGAUUGAUGUCUGUGGAAGAGGAGCUGAAGAAAGAUCACGCAGACAUGCAGGCCAUUGUGGACUCUAAGCAGAAGAUCAUUGAAGCCCAGGAGAAGAGAAUCGCGUCUCUGGAUGCCGCUAACGCUCGGUUAAUGAGCGCUCUGUCUCAGCUGAAGGACCGCUACAGCAUGCAGACGAGGAACGGCAUCUCUCCCACCAACCCAACUAAACUGCAGAUCACUGAAAACGGAGAAUUCAGAAACAGCAGCAACUGCUAGCGUGAACGCAAACACGUGGGGCCGACAGGCUUAGCGAAGGACAAGGGCUAUGGGUAAUACUUAUAACAUGACAAUACAAAAAACGGCACUCCUAUGGGUUUAAAUUAAGAGUCGUGUUAAACAUAUAAAUCUCCUUUAAGAAUGAAUCCAACAGGAUAUUUUAAAUUGAAUCUUUCACUCUAUAUAAAGACAGUUGUGAGUUAUUUUAGCCACGUAAAGAUAUCCCUCGUUCAUUCAUAGCCCUUGUCACAAGAAAGCAUCUGAACGUCAAAGUCUCAUCAUACAGUAUAUAGAUUUGAACAUAUGUGCAUAUAUACGCCCCUGGGCUUUACUUUCUUUUAUAGUUGGCAUGCUGAAAAUGAUCAUGCGUGUAAUUAUUCAUUUUUUUAUACAUUUGUACAUUUCAUGUAAACAUUUCUUACCGAAUUCAUUUCCUCUUGUGACAACAGCGGCAUGAACGCUUUUUUUAAAUAAGUUAAAGAGGGAAGUACAUUUUACAUUUUGUUGCAUACCUCGUGCAUAACGUUUUAGUCUAUAGAGGCGAUGCGCCUCAUUGUAGUACAAAGUUCAUUUUUUAUCGGCUUUUCACCGAAAAGAGACGUUUUUUUCAAGUACGGUGUAUAUUUCCUGUGCUGAAGUCUGCUGUACUGUUCCAGAGGAAUUUAACGUAAGCUCUGAUCGUAAUUUCAGGUGCUGCUUUUAGAUGGGCGUAGGUGAUCACACGCCCUCACGCAAACCUUACGUGCUAAGAUGCGUAUAGAAACGUCAUUGCGCCGCUUGCUGUACUGUAUAUGCGUGGUCAGUAUUACUCUCCGUAUCGAAACAUUAUAUGACUACAGUACGAUCGGUGUCUGUCAUUUUUCCACUUGAUGCACUUUCUAUAGCAUUAGAUUGGAUCCUUUAACCAAAACCUGCUUCUGUGGAUUUGUUCUAAAGGCUGUUCAGAGCAACAAGUACAAUGUAAGCACUUCUACUUAGAUGAACAAGGUGUUUUAAAGUGAGCAGACAGUGAAUCGCAUUGGAUAUAAACUGUUGUGCUUGUGCUCUUCUAAUGCAGUUGGCGUCUAUAGGGCACUUAAAACCUGUGCGACAUGGCAAUAGACCCUACGAAGGAGUUGUAGCUUCAUUUGAACUUCAGUCAGGUUUGUGGAGAGUCAAUAACAGUGAUUAUUUAUUAGUUUUUUAGGGUAAAAUUCAUUUUAAGAAAAUUAACCAUGUUUUGGUGUAUUGAUAACAAUUGGCAAAACUAUGGUUUUACCACAGUAAGCAUGGUUUAACAUUUGUUUUUGUAGCAAAUCCAUUUUUAUUUCAACCUAAUCUCGAGGCAAGUCGUGUUAUAGUCACAAAAUAUUUGAUUAAUUUGUUCGAAUGUCUCUGAACGAAUUUCUAUAAAUAGUUUUUCGUGUCCAUGGCAUGACUUUCUUUUUUGUGUAAUUUUAUGUAUUGUUUUCUCAUUGUUUUACCUAUUUUUUUUACCAUUGUCGAUUUGGGUUAGAACGACUUUUCAGACAUCCUAACUCAAACCCCAAGCGAAAACAGUUUUAAAAUCGGAAGAACAAAUUGUAGAAACCAAAGCGACAAUGAUUUAAAAAAUAUGAAAAAACUAUGAAAAAACAAUACAUAAAAUUACUAAAAAAACGUCGUGCCAUGGACAAGAUAAACUACACUAGUCAACAUUCGAAGUGGAUCAAAACCUUUAAUAAAAAUUUACAUAAACCAAUACCUAAUACCCAUUCUUGUCGUAGGACGACUUUGACAAACAUUUUUGAUCCACUUCAAAUGUUGACUAGUAUAUUUAGAAAUUCGUGCUAAGUAACACAAAAAAGACAUUUGUGCUUAAUGGCAAGGAAAAAAGUGGAAAAUGGUGUCCAUGAACACAAAUAAAUUAUUCAAAUAUUUUGUAAUUAUAACACGACAUGCCUUCAGAUUGUUGGUUAUUUUGUGGUUACCAUAGUUUAAAUAUAUAUGCAAAAAAAUAUUUUCAAGAAAAAAAUUCUUAGUAUUUUGUCUUGUUUUCA